GCGGUAGAGCCUCGAGAAUUUCCCGCAACCUUCGGCUUCCCGUUCUCAAUCUAGCUUCUGUCCAGUUGGGGAAUUUCUCUUCGUGUUAAACGCUCAGAGCCCGCUCGUACCUUUGAUCGUCUUUCUCCAUCUUUCCCUCUCACUCACAACUCACACGCACGCAUACACAUUACGCACAAUGCCGCGUCCAACAUUACCACCCACGCCCGCGUCCUCAACGGACAUUAAGGGCCAAGACGGCUCCAAGGACCUCGCCUCCCUCCAGCUAUCCUUUGAGCUGCCACCGCCAGCAAUCAUCCAAGACGCCUUGAAGCUCUCCCCAAAAGACACAAGGAGAACGCCGCCCAGCAACAGCAACACCAACAGCUUCCAGCCCAUCUCGCCGCCCCACGUCAACGCGAACAAGCCGUACCCGGUCCAGCCCAGCGAGACGGUGAAAUCUCGCCGGCGCUCGUCGGCGGCUCAAAAGGCGGCUGCUUCCUCUAACGAGAGCUUCGCGCUGCCACCGCCGCCGACUAGGUCACGCAAGAUUAUCCAGAUGAAGCCGCGCGCUCAGCAGCAGAACGAGGCCGAGGCCAAGGCGAAAGAUGCUCCGGCGGCGGCUGCUGGUGCCAAGUCCGGGGCUGCGGGUCCAGGGAAGGCCGGCUCGGCGGCGGCGGCGGCGGCGAAUGGGUCCUCUUCCACUGCUUCCACGGCGCAGGGCAAGAAGAAGGCGCCGUCAGCGACAAGUGCGGCUGGACGCAAAAUCGCGAGGAAGACGGCUCAUAGCUUGAUUGAGCGGCGCCGGAGAUCAAAGAUGAAUGAGGAGUUUGCCGUGCUCAAGGGCAUGAUUCCGGCUUGUACUGGGGAGAUGCACAAGCUGGCAAUCUUACAGGCAUCGAUCGAAUACGUGAGGUACCUGGAAGACUGCGUCUCCAAGCUCAAAGCCCAACGCGACACCUCCGAGGCCCGCUCACCCACCGAGUCCGGCCUUCAGACGCCUUCCGGCGGGUCCCGCGCCGAGCCGUGGGGCCAGAUUCCGCAAUUCGUACCGCGGUACCAAGAAGACCCGGACGAUGUGGAGAUGACCGAUUCCGAGGCCCCAUCACCGACUUUCCCGCCCAUGCAACAGCAGCAGCAACAGCAGCAGCAAUACUCGCAACAACAACAACUUCCGCAUUCCCGCUCCCACCAGCCAUCCGUAUCGCCUGCCCUCUUGCCGCAGGACUCAAGACACCGCCACGACUCCUACUCGUCCGUCUCGACGGACCAUCCGCGCCACAACAGCUACAGCUACAGCACCUCAACGACAACGUCACCCGCGUUCGGGCCGCAGACGUAUGCCGGCGGCGGUGGCGGGUACGGCAGCCUUUCGACGCUGACGAGUCCCGCGCUGGCGCCGCAGCGGGACCGCGAUCUAGACCACGAGGCGACGGCUGCGCUGCUGAUGCUGAAUAGCGAUCGGAGGGGUACGGUUGGGGAGGCGAGCGGCGGCGCUGCUGGUGCUAGUGUGAAUCCGACGAGAGGUGCUGGGCGGGGGAUGUCGGUCAGGGAUCUGCUUAGUACUUGAGAGACAUCCCAUUUUUCACGGACGAGAGAAGAAGGUUGCUGAAAAGGUGGUGCUAUUCAUCAAUGAUGCUGCGCGGGAGACCCUGGCAGAACAGACGCUUCGACAUCAGACAGCAUGUGAUUUUGCCAUGGUGGUCAAGAGUCCUUCUAUGCUGCGUGGUCUAGAAGCCAUCGCAUGAAUGCGGGAAAGACAAUAUGGGACGAAGAGGUUCUAGAAUCCUCAACAACAAUGGGUUUGCCGUCGAAGCUUUACUACAGGGGACAAAUAUUCUCCAUCUCAAAUGCGAUGAGAGGAAGGGCACAAAUUUUUUAUUUUUUAUUUUUUUGCAAAUCGCAGAAACACGGAUUGGGGAUGAGAAGAAUUUCGGAUGGAGUUGAGAGGUCUAGGC